AUGAAUUGCAUCCAGCCAUCUGGUGGCAAAAAGAAAUCACACAGCUCCCAAAUAAAAAAAGAGGAAAAAUGUUAUGCCACAUUCACACGGCAAGAAAGCUUCAACAGUGGAUUGGAGGGAGGGAACCUUCCAAAGAAAUUCAAAAGCGAUACCCACAGAGUCACACGAUGCGUAAAUAUCAACUGGGAAAAGGACAUUGCCAGUGUGAAAAAAGUCAUAGGGAGGAACCUCGGGAGGAAAGGGGAAGAAGUUCAUAGCCAUUACCACAAAGGGGAAAAUGACACCAUACUGAAACUACCAUACGUAACGAUAGAACAUUCCAUAAAGAGGAAAGCACUGCUGACACACGCAGCGGCAGCAGUUGCAAUUGAACACGACAUUGACAACAUAUUAUUAAUACAAUUGGGAAAGCACAUCUACACAAUGGAACUUCCACAAAGCACAGUGCGGUAUUUCAAAUGUGUGACAGCUGCCGUCAGAAAGUCGGUUUUUUAA